AAGUUUGUUAAGCCGUCUGCUGCGGGAGGUGGAGGUGAUAGGUUUUGUGGUGUAGGUAACCGCUAUUGCAUAGAAAAAAACAGUAUUUAUUGUGAAUCAAAAUGUCAACUGCAAAAGUACAAGAUAUGCCUCCCCCAGGAGGCUAUCAGUCAAUAAAGUUCGCAAGGAUACCUGCCAAGACAUAUUUUAGCGGUUCGACUAUGAUACUAGGAUACUUCGGAAUAACCGCCGCUGGAUUGUAUGCAUACUACUUGAACUAUCGUCUUAUUCGUCGUGAGGAGAUCGAGAUGAGAAGUGGACGACUUGCAGUUUUUCCAAUGUUGCUUGCCGAAAGGGACAGAGAAUACUUGAAACAACUCCGACGUAACAGAGAUGAAGAAGCUAGUCUCAUGUCUAAAGUAGAAGGCUGGGAAGUUGGUACAUACUAUGGAGAGCCGGUAUAUAAAACUCUUCCAAAAGACACUUUAGUGGACCCAAUGUACCAAGAAUAUUAUGCUCAUUCCUCAUAUGGAGAUGCAGUUCGACGUUACAAUCUGAAGAAUUGGUCAUAAAUGUAUUAAGAAGAUACAUUUUAAAUUAGUACUGUACAUGUACAUGUUGUGGCAGUGUAAAUAUAUAAUAAAUGUGUAACUUCUUUAA